CAAAUAACAAGCAAAAAACCAAUGUCUCUCUACAUUAGCUAGAGAACCAUUUACUCCAUAUGCUUACCUACAAAAGCAGCAGCUGGACUGUUUGGCAUCGAGCUUGAGUGGGGCUAUUAUUGCUAGCUCCCAUGGCAAUCAUCGUCACACUGUGUCUCCCCGCGAAUCUUCACCUCCACAGUUUCACUCCCAGACCCUGGAAGCUCUAUUUAUUCUAACAUUUAUUUCUUUUGACUAUAUUAAUCAAUAUCGUCUGUCUUUCAAGUUUGGACAUAUUACAGUGGCCUGAUCGUGUGAACCUAGAACUCGACACAGGAUUCGACAGCGCGGGCUAGUAGGGGAUAGCAAAUUACUGUUGCCAUUUAUACUCUCAGCAGAACUACAUUUUACUACGAAUAUAUUCCUUCGAAACAAGAUGGACUUUAAAAUGCUCCAUGGCGCAGCCAAGCUGCAAGACGUUACCCGACUACUGGAGUCACUUGAGAAGGACUUGAAAGAAAAGUCACUUACAUCGUCGCAAAAGACACAGACACUUUUACAGUUGCGACAGCACGGCACAAGCCCAGAUAACGCUGGUCCCAUUUACUCAAAGCAUGGCAUGGAUAUUCUCGGAAAGUAUGGUGUCGAUGGAGAAACUGCGGACGUACGCCGUGCUGCGUUGCGCUGUAUCGCCAAUGCUCUCCUACUAGACCCCAAAAUGCGCCAAAUCUUUGUCGACACAGGCUAUGGUGGGCAGCUUGCGCAGAAACUCAAGUGUGACACCUCAGAUGAUGAAAUGAUACUCAGUCGAAUCCUAUUUCUUUCUACAUAUGAUACCACUAUGGAUUUCGAGAAGCUUAUAAACGAGAACUCUCUUGGUGAUAAUAUCAACUAUCAAAUUUCUCGACAUGCCAAGCAGUUCCCCAAAUCGGGCAAGAAGACAUUAUCUCAGAUGGAUGAGCUGGCGCUUAUUGACACCAUGAAGCUGGUCUUCAACAUUGCAAAACUGUUUCCCGAUCUGGCCUCGACAUUUUCUCCUUCAGUUCCUUACAUCUUCAAGAUAAUCAGUCGCAUGGACAUUCCUUCCAAACCCUUGGAUGGAAUCGUUGGCAACCUCAUCAACUGUCUGUCGACUCUCGAUCUUGAAGGGAAGAAAGGAAAACAUCACUUCGAAACCAACCCCAUCUUCCCGACUUUCAAUCAAAAUUGCAAUGUCGACAAGCUGAUUAACAUCUUGGACCAAUCUGUGUCCAUGUAUAGCCCCCAAGAACUCGAAGAAAAAGCCAUUCCCCUUCUUCACGUGCUCAUCAUUAUCUACGAACAGGCCCCAGAUGGCCCUCGUAAAUACAUGCAGUGGCUUCUGUUGCCAGAGGAUGAUAACCGAAACUUGCCCAUUGGUCAAACCGACACACUGUCUUCCAAAUUGCUGCAGGCUUCGACUACACCAUACCCCAAGUUGAAAACCGCUAUCUCCGAGCUCAUGUUUGUGCUUUCUGAAAGAGAUGCAGAAAGCCUCACGAAGAACAUCGGCUAUGGGUUUGCCGCGGGAUUCCUCGCCUCUCGUGGAAUGGAGAUUCCCCAGACCGCAGGAGAAGCAUUUUCCACUAAUCCCGAUGGCUUCGAUCCGGAAAUUAACCCCAUUACUGGUCAGAAAUGGGCCUCUGAGCGACAGGACCCGAAUCCUCCUAUGACGAAAGAAGAGAAACAGAGAGAAGCGGAGCGACUGUUCGUGCUUUUUGAAAGAGCCAAGGCCAACGGUAUCCUCAACGUGGAGAACCCUGUUACUCAGGCCCUCCAUGAAGGCAGGUUUGAGGAAUUGCCUGACUCUGAUAGUGAGAGUGAAUGAUCUCUUGACACCUGAGAUAUCCUGUUCUGUAUUAGUCAUUGGAUCGAACGUUCUAGUUAAUUUUUUUUUGUAUAUCCGUGGAACAUACUCGCUGCUUCCAACAUAUAAUCAAUUGAUGACAUUUGUAAUCUAUUACAUAGCACCGUUUUAUUCUAUCACAACUCAG